AUGGUAUGUUAUAUUUUUUUACAACAUAAUGAUCAUAAUGUUGUAUCAAGUUCAUUGGAAACACAUGAAAUUAUACUUAAAUAUUCAAAUUUAUUUGAUUUUGAUCAAUUAUUAAUUUCAACCCCAAUUGGAUCUAUAGAAGAAAUUCGUGUCAGUGAAGCCUUAAAAACAGAUAUUACAUAUCUUUUAUCUUUAUGUGAACACGGUGAUCUACAUUUACGUGGUGCAUGUGCAAAUUUACUUGUUACAUUAAUUCAAACAACAAUUCAUCUUUUAACACUAUCAUCAUUAUCAAAUUCUUUUAUUAAUCAAUGUUCACUUGUAUCAACUGAUUCAAAAGACAGUUCAAGUCAUGCAUUUACAAUCAUGGGAAUUGAAUUAUUAGAAGAUUCUAUUCAACAUACUACAAGUUCCUGUAUUCUUGCUAAAUUUGCUCUAGCUCAACUUAUAGAUGAUAUUGAUUUUCGAAUAUUAACU